UGAAUUAUUAAACUGUAUUGACGUAAACAACACUGUAGAAUGGAUUGAAGAAAAUCUAAUAAUAAUUCUGUAUGGCACUUUAUUACUAUUUUAAUGACUUGGAAGGUCUAUAUUUUCCUUCACUUGACAUAUUUUCAUUUCUAAACAACCCAUAGUGUUGUCAACAUUUUACCUUGGAAACUAUGUUACACGCAUCAUUUUUUCCUAUGUGAAAAAGUCAUAUAUUGUGUAAACCCAAUACAAAUACGAAGAUUAGCUGCAAAAAUGUCAUCACAUUUCAAGUCACUGUAGACUGUAGUUACCUCGGCAGAGAGAAUGUAUGAGUUAUGUUAUACAAUGAAACUGUCAAAACAAAAAUGUAAAGUGUCUGUGAGCUAUUGUGACAUAUUUUUAAAUAUUCAUGUGCAGAAUGUACUGUACAUUUUGAACUUUGACCUCAUUUUCUCAUCCUAACAUAUUCGUGUUUACACAGAGGCCAAACUGAGACAUGAACCAAAGUCCAUGUUGGUUGUGUGAACAGAACUCACCAUCAGCAUGUCUGGUUCAGUCAGCAUAGAGGUGUCUCCCCCUCCUUUGGGUCUAGAAGCUGAGUAUGAGACACUUUUCACCCCUGACUCUCUCCUCUUCCUUCAUGAGCUGAUCUCCACUUUUGAUGAGGAGGUGGAUCAGGUCCUCUGUUUGCGAGUUUCCAGAAAGGCGCACUUUGACCUCUCAGGUGACCUGCCAAGGUUCCUGGAGGAGACCACACAUAUCAGGGCAGACCGGACAUGGAGGGUGCUCCCUGUACCUCCACGACUCCAGAAGAGACAUGUGGACAUUGGAGAUCUGGCUCCCUGUGAUACUCAGCGUUUCAUACAAGCUCUCAAGUCACCAGCACAAGGCAUACAGGUGGACUUUGAUGAUGGGAACUGUCCCACAUUUCACAACCAGAUCAGAGGCAUUUACAACGUGAUGAAGGCGGUGCACGGCCACUUUCCCAAUGUUCCACACAUUUCUCAGACUCCAGUGCUGAUGGUACGUCCUCGUGCAUGGAAUAUGGUGGAGAACAACCUGAUGGUCGAGGGUAAACAAGCUCCUGGUCCUCUCUUUGACUUUGGCCUCGUCAUGUUUCACUGUGGAAAAAUGUUGUAUGAAAACAAGAGUGGACCCUUUCUCUACCUGUCCAAGGUAGAGAGCCACCUGGAGGCCAGACUGUGGAACAAGAUCUUUGUGUGGACCCAACAGAAGCUCGGUCUUCCCCUGGGCAGCAUUAAGGCAACAGUUCUCAUAGAAAGUGUCGUCGCAGCCUUUGAGAUGGACGAGAUUCUCUACGAGCUGCGAGACCACUCAGCAGGACUCAACUGUGGCAUGUGGGAUUAUUCCGCCUCCUUUGUUAACAAGUUUGGACACAGAUGGACCUUCCUGCUGCCCGAUCGCACCAGAUACAUCAACAUGGAGAAACACUUCCUGCACAGCUACAUGAACCUGCUGGUUCAGACGUGUCAUCAGCGCGGAGCACUGGCCACAGCAGGCAUGGCUGCCCUGCUGCUGCCUCACGAGCCGCACAGCGACUCCUACAGGACAGCGGUGGCUACUGUCAGCAGACUGAAGUUGCUGGAGAUCAGAGCAGGUGUUGAUGGUUUUCUGGUUUUUGACCUGGGCUUGAUUGAGCCCAUGCAGAAACUCUUUGAACUUCACACAGAAGGUGAUAAUCAGCUUUGCCAGCUUCGUCACGAUGUUUCUGUGACAGCUGAAGACCUCGUGACCAUGCCUCCGGGAGGAGUCAAUCUUCACAGUUUGAAGUAUAACAUUGCAGUCGGUGUCCUCUUCGUUAACGCUUGGCUCUCCGGUCACGGCCUCUUUUUCUACAAAGGCAACGUUGAAGAUUCAGCCACGGCAGAGAUUUCCAGAUCACAUGUGUGGCAAUGGAUCCGCCACCAGGCUCGGCUGCAGGACGACAGCAGGGUGGUGAGCAGGCGGCUGGUGACUGACCUCACAGAGGAGGUCAUGGUGGAGCUCAGUGUCCUCUGUCAUUCUGUGAGGGAUAAACAGAGGCUGCACACAGCAGCAGACAUAUUCCUGGAGGUGGUCCAGAAGAGAGACUUCCCAGAGUUCAUCACCACCUACCUGAGCCAGAACCACACUUUCCUCAGCUCCCAGCGAACUGUGGACCUGCACCAGCACCGGUCCAACCUGUGACCUCGUCGCUCAGGGUUGUAGAAGUCGACAGAAUUACCCAGUAAAAAGUCAACUGUUUAAAGUCAUGCUUGGUUAGAGUUAUUGUACGUGUACCGUAUUUCAGACACGGAUGUGUUUGUAAUUUGAAGGCUUAUCUUCUGAUGGAUUGUUCCAUACAAAAUCGUGUACUAUUAUAUAAAGUUGAUUUUCUGACCGUUUGAUGACUCA